AUGGUGUCCUCAUGUCUGGCCCGGCUCCAGGAAGGCUCUCUCCUCACCAAGCUGAAGGAUGGAGCCCGCAGCCUGCCCAAAAACUUCUACUUAGACGAGGACAAGUCCUGCGUCAGAUGGAAGCCCUCAAGGAAAGGAGACAAUGCCAAAAUUCCGAUCACCUACAUCACGGAUGUGAGGGAGGGCCUGAGGUCAGGAACCGACCCCCCACUGAACCUUGACCCCACCUGCUGCCUCCACCUGAUCCAUGGCAACGAGGGGGAAGCCAUAGAGCUGGUUGCUAGGUCAGCAGAGGAGGCAGCCCUCUGGGUCCGUGGGCUGAGACACCUGGUGAUGGAGAUGAGAGAGGAGAGCGGCUUCGAACACAAACCCAUCACAAACUGGCAAUAUCCUUUUAGCCACAUGAGUGUUGCCCUUGACCCUGACCUUACCUACCAGUGGCUGCUGGAGUGUUUCAGCCAGGUGGACGGGGACCGCGACGGUCGGCUGACGUGUCCGGAGGUGCUGCUCCUGUUUGACAGGCUCAACAUCUACGACUCCAGCGGAAAGAUACAGGACAUGGUGCAGAGAGCGGUAGAGGGUUCUGGUCUGCUUGACUGGGAAGGUUUCUUGAGUCUCUACAGAACCAUCUCCACACGGCAGGACCUUGUGGUGCUCCUUAAGAAGUACUCGGAGGGGAAGGACUUUCUUACCGCAGCAGAGCUUGCACAGUUCUUAGAAAAGGAGCAAAAGGUUGAAGACUGCGGGCGUGACCAGUGCCUGGACAUUAUCGCACACUGUGAGCCUCGGGAGGACUACAUGUUAAACGGCUGGCUGGGGCUCGAUGGUUUCACCAACUACCUGCUGAGCCACCACGGGGACAUCUUCGACUCUUCCCAUCAUGCUGUUCACCAGGACAUGACCCAGCCGCUGUCCCACUACUACAUCGCAACAUCCCAUAAUACUUAUCUCCAGGGCGACCAGCUCCUUUCGGAGUCCAGCGUGGACAUGUACGCCUGGGUGCUUCAGUCUGGAUGCAGAUGUGUCGAGCUUGACUGUUGGGAUGGACCAGAGGGGGAGCCUAUCGUGUACCACGGCUACACCCUCACUUCUCUUGACUGUUGGGACGGUCCAGAGGGGGAACCUAUUGUGUACCACGGCUACACCCUCACCUCUCGUUUGACUGUUGGGAUGGUCCAGAGGGGGAAGCCUAUCGUGUACCACGGCUACACCCUCACCUCCCGAGUCUCUUCAGGGACGUCAUCGGAUUACCCCGUGAUCCUGUGCCUGGAGAACCACUGCAGUUUGGACCAGCAGAGGAAGAUGGCGCUCUACCUGACACAGAUCCUGGCAGGGAAACUCGAGGUUCCUCCUCUCUCACCUGGAGCUACACACCUGCCUUCUCCUCAGGACCUGCGCGGGAGGAUUCUCAUCAUGAGUAAGAAGCUGAGCCCAGGUAUCCCGGCAGGUACCAGGUGUGGAGAAAGUAAGAAGCUGAACCCAGGUGUCCCGGCAGGUACCAGGUGUGGAGAAGUGAGCGAUGAAGACAGUGCUGAUGAGAUGGAGGAGGGAUACAAGCUGCUACCUGGGGAGCUGAUGGAGAGUUCCUGUAGGAAACACAUUGUGGAGUCCUAUGCCAGAAGUAAGCUGGCCACCCUGGCUAAGAACGGCAAGACUGUCACGGCAGAGAAGGAGCAUCACAAGGUUCCUGUUAGUCCGAGACAACGGGCGCGACUCGCGCUGGCGAACUCCCCGCUCAUCCGGAGGAGGAGGGGAGCGUCCAGCGAUCAUGAGGACUCGGAGAAGUCUCGGAGGGAUCGGAGCAGGAGCAGAGAGAGGAAGGCUGGCCGGAGCAGCUCGUUCAGCGAGGCGGAUGCGGUGGAUACCCAGGACAGGAAGUUUGGGGCCAAAGUGCACGACACGUUCAGCAAACUCACGCACAGGAAGAAGAAAAAGCAGCCUGUGGCGCCCCCCGGCCUCCCCACCCUACACAGUCAGGAGCAGCUGCAGGAUGUCAAUGACAUCAUCCCCGACAACAAGGAUGCUGUUGGCAUGGAAACCCAUGCCCCGGCAACCACUGCUGUGGGGGAGAGAGCACAGGGGCAGAGAGAUCUCCCGGAUGUAGGGCGGGGAAGGAAGGGUGGAGAGAAGCACACGAGGAGGAUGCUGUUGGCGAAGGAGCUGUCAGACCUGGUCUGGUACAUGGACAACAAGUCGUUCAACCCCCUGACCACAUCCCCGAUCGCGGGAGUGACCAGACGACAGCUGACCGUGCGAGUGCUGAGCGGUCAGCAGUUGCGGGGAGUGACUGCCGCCAGUGACGGUCCGGCCGAGCUUCGCGUCGAGGUGGAAGUUUUGGGGCUGAACGCGGACUAUCACAAGGAGCAAACAAGGCCCCAUAGUACUGACGGUUACAACCCUACCUGGGAUGACACUAUGACCUUCAACCUGACCUUGCCCGACCUUGCCAUGGUCAGGUUCACCGUGGUUUGUUACUCUGACCAUCAGCAGGAGGUCAUAGGGCAUCGGACUGUUCCAUUCAUCAGUCUUCUCACAGGCUACAGACAUGUCCACAUGGAGGGACAUCCUGCUUCCAUCUUUGUGCAUGUCUCGGUGACUGACUACCAGGGCAAGGGCAAGUAUCGGACGGGGAUCAAGAACUUCAUCACAAGGAACUGGAGCUUAAGACAAGGCAGCUCCUUCCGGGAGACGUCUGCUCCCAUCAUUAAGAAACCUCCGGCUGUCAACUUCACCAAACGUCUGGGGAAACUCACCAUGCCCAGGUGGCAUCUCGGGUCAGGUCACAAGACCUGA